UGUCGUGGCCGCCAAUUCAGCAGCAGCGCACUCUCCCGUCCAGCAUCCCGACCUCAUCAGCGGCGAGCUUCACCUCUGGUUCGUUCUGUUCUCUGAACUCCGAAGAGAUAUGGCGUCCAGGGCGGCUCUCCUGGCGCUUCUGCUCUCGGCGUUCGCGGCGGCGUCGGCGGUGGCGCAGCUGGACGAGAAGUUCUACAGCCAGUCGUGCCCCAGCGUGGAGGAUGUCGUCCGGAAGGAGAUGGUGCGCGCGCUCUCCGUCGCGCCCAGCCUCGCCGGCCCCCUCCUCAGGAUGCACUUCCACGACUGCUUCGUCAGGGGGUGCGACGGCUCCGUCCUCCUUGACUCCACGGCGAACAACACCGCGGAGAAGGACGCGAAGCCGAACCUGACGCUGCGCGGCUUCAGCUUCAUCGAGACGGUCAAGGCCGCCGUGGAGAAGGCGUGCCCUGACACCGUCUCCUGCGCCGACUUGCUGGCCCUCAUGGCCAGGGACGCCGUGUGGCUGAGCAAGGGCCCGUUCUGGGCGGUCCCUCUGGGGCGGCGAGACGGCAGGGUGUCCAUCGCCAACGAGACCAAGCAGCUGCCGCCGCCGACGGGCAACUUCACGAAGCUGACCCAGCUGUUCGGCGCCAAGAACCUGGACACCAAGGACCUGGUGGUGCUGUCCGCCGGCCACACCAUCGGCACGUCGCACUGCUUCUCCUUCUCGGACCGGCUCUACAACUUCACGGGGCUGGACAACGCCCGCGACAUCGACCCGACGCUGGACCUGGCGUACAUGGCGCGGCUCCGCGGCAAGUGCACGAGCCUGGACGACAACACCACGCUGGUGGAGAUGGACCCAGGGAGCUUCAAGACCUUCGACCUGAGCUACUUCGCCAACGUGGCCAAGCGCAGGGGCCUCUUCCACUCCGACGGCGCGCUGCUCACCGACCCCACCACCCGCGCCUACGUGCUCCGCCACGCCACGGGGAACUACAAGGAGGAGUUCUUCGCCGACUUCGCCGCGUCCAUGCUCAAGAUGGGCGCCGUCGACGUGCUCACCGGCAGCCAGGGAGAGAUCAGGAAGAAGUGCAGCGUCGUCAACUAAACCUGGCGACCGGCCGGCCGGCCGGCCGGAGCACAGACGACUGUGUGUAGUUCAGGCACUUUUGGUCUGAGAGAUGUAUGAAUGUUACCCUCAGUUUCUCUAAUCUUUCUCACUUUUUUCUUUACUGCAAUUGAUUGAUUAUUUUGUUACAGCUAUGUAUGUAUUUAUGUAUGUAAAUCUGCCCCUCAUCUUCAGGUUCCAUCAGGAUCUCAUGAUACUUCAUACAAUAAACCUUUUUUGAUUUGUCCA